AUUGGACAGACAGCUUCCUUGUUUGACUCACACUUCACACACACUUGCAUUGCUUAGAACUCAGGACAAGAAGAAAGCAAUAUCUCAGCCCUCUCUACAUAUCCGUUGUUUGUUAGUUUCUAGUCUGUAGGUUUUGUCUUUGAUGACGAACAAAGGAGAAACCGGCAGCCAACCAAACAAGUGAUUAAGUAGUAGCUGGAGUCUGGAGUGGGAGUAGGACUAAUUUCCUGCAUCCCUGGUACGCCACCACCGGCCUUCUGAUCAUCUUCAUGGCUAGCUCUUGGUCUCAGUGUCCGCCUUUCGAGUUUUCGAGCAAGUACUAUCACGUGGCCGGAGACGGAGGUGGCUGUGUGAGGCAAAGCAGCUUCUUUGGAGGCAAACCAGUGCUUAAUCAGGGCGUAGGGUAUUCUGUUAUUCUUGGCUUUGGAGCCUUCUUUGCUGUCUUCACAUCUUUCUUGGUAUGGCUGGAGAAGCGAUAUGUUGGUUCCAAGCACACAUCCGAAUGGUUCAACACUGCAGGAAGAAGUGUUAAAACAGGACUCAUUGCCAGUGUGAUUGUCUCCCAGUGGACUUGGGCUGCUACAAUCUUGCAAAGUUCAAAUGUUGCUUGGGAGUAUGGAGUAAGUGGACCUUUCUGGUAUGCUAGCGGCGCUACUAUACAGGUACUCUUGUUUGGUAUAAUAGCCAUAGAGAUCAAGAGAAAGGCUCCUCAUGCUCACACUGUAUGUGAAAUCGUGAAAGCUCGCUGGGGCACAGCGGCACACAUUGUCUUCCUCAGUUUCUGCUUUUUGACAAAUAUUAUUGUAACUGCAAUGCUGCUGCUCGGAGGUUCUGCUGUCGUAAAUGCACUUACAGGAGUAAACAUUUAUGCUGCUAGCUUCCUUAUCCCUCUUGGAGUAAUCGUCUACACAUUAGCUGGAGGACUAAAAGCGACGUUCUUGGCAAGCUACAUCCAUUCUGUUAUUGUUCACGUGGUACUAGUCAUAUUUGUAUACCUUGUGUAUACGGCAAGCAGUGAGCUUGGUAGCCCUAGCAUCGUGUACAACCGCCUUGUAGAGGUAGCGAGUAAAUCAAGGAUUUGUAAGGAGCCAAUUUCUCAUCACGGCCAGUCUUGUGGUCCUGCGAGUGGGAAUUACAAAGGGUCGUACCUAACAAUGUUGAGUUCUGGAGGACUAGUCUUUGGGAUUAUCAACAUCGUCGGAAACUUUGGCACUGUUUUUGUUGAUAAUGGAUACUGGGUAAGCGCCAUAGCUGCACGGCCUUCGUCAACUCACAAGGGCUACUUGUUAGGUGGGCUUGUUUGGUUUGCAGUCCCAUUUUCUUUGGCGACAUCAUUGGGACUGGGAGCACUGGCCCUUGAUCUACCACUAACCGAAAGUGAAGCAAGUCGGGGACUUGUUCCUCCUGCCACCGCUAUAGCUUUGAUGGGAAAAGGAGGAUCUGUUCUUCUUCUUACUAUGCUUUUCAUGGCAGUGACUUCUGCUGGUUCAUCAGAGCUUAUAGCAGUAUCCUCAUUAUGCACUUAUGAUAUCUACCGCACGUACGUAGAUCCAAAUGCAGACGGAAAGAAAAUCCUCAAGGUAUCAAGGGGUGUGAUCCUUGCUUUCGGUUGUUUUAUGGGGCUGCUAGCAGUGAUACUGAAUAAAGCUGGAGUUUCAUUAGGUUGGAUGUAUCUGGCAAUGGGAGUGCUCAUCGGUUCAGCAGUUAUUCCCAUCGCGUUCAUGCUUCUAUGGAGAAAGGCAAACGCAAUCGGUGCAAUCCUAGGAGCAACUGUUGGCUGCGUUCUUGGGAUCAUCACAUGGCUAUCGGUCACGAAAAUUGAGUAUGGCCGCAUAAAUCUGGACACAACAGGUCGAAAUGCACCAAUGCUUGCAGGAAACCUCGUCUCUAUACUUAGUGGUGGAGCCAUACAUGCUAUCUGCAGCUUCUUGUCACCACAAAACUACGACUGGGGUACCACUAAGAAGAUCACCGUGGUUGAGAAGGCAACGAGUGAUCUUCCGGCAGAAGAGUACAAGGAAGAAAAAUUACAGAGAGCAAAGGCAUGGAUAGUGAAAUGGGGUGUUGGCUUUACUGUUGUGAUCGUUUUACUGUGGCCCCUUCUCUCUCUUCCAGCAGGUGAUUUCGGUAUAGGGUACUUCACAUUCUGGGCGGUCAUUGCAAUAGCAUGGGGCACAAUCGGUUCAGUUGCAAUCAUCGCUUUACCGGUAAUAGAAAGCUGGGAAACAAUCCAGAGCGUAAUUCUGGGAAUGUUUACAAAUGACAGGCUCAUGGAGAAGGUUGAAGAAAUGAAUCUGAAGCUGCACACAAUCAUGUUGGCCAUACCGGAAUCGGAGAAGAUUUACUUGCUUGAGAAGGAGAAGGCUAAAAAGAAAGAAGCAUUGGAGCAAGGAAGCCACUCUCUUUCUGCUGUGGAACAACCAUGAGAAACUGAGAAUUGGGUUGCACACCCCUCUUAAUCAUGGCCCUUAAUUUUCUUUGAUUUGUUUCAAUCGAAUGGCUCAGAAAAGAGAGGGUUGUGCAGGAGGUGAAAAAGGGUGUACAAAUAUCGUUUCCUGACGUGUAAUCACACGCUACUUAAUGUCUCUGUGUUCUCAACAUAUUUGCAUUUGAUAGGAUGAUUGAAGUGUAACUUACUAUACGUAGAAUCUUUUUACACGUAAAAAGAACGAGAAGAAUGGCAGCCCAAUUCAACCG